AUGUCGUCUUCACUGGUUGCUUUCACCCUCCCUGUGGCUGCAGCCCGACAUGACACCGUCGCCAAAAAGUCCAAGCCGGUCCGAGUCAAUACAGUUUGGCGGCUACUGCGGAGGCUGCAGCAACGGCGCUGCGACGUGACUCCGGCAGAGGCUCAGCAGGUACUCGCAUCCUUCCAGAAGUCCCAGCAAUGGCAACAUGCGAUACAUGUCCUCCGUUCCCUUCAGUGUGCAGACAGCAUCAACUACGGUGCCGUCCUCAAUGCUUGUGCCAGAUGCAGCAGAUGGGUUGCUGCGUCGGCCCUGGCUUUGAACUUGAAGCAGCUGGGACUGGAAGCGAAUGCGAUCCUGGAGAACACGCUGAUCGACAGCUUUGCACCACUCUCUGCUUGGGAGAGGCCGCUAGCGAAACUCAUGGCGAUGCGGCAGCAAGGAAUUUGCUACAAUCGUGCAAGCUUUGGGUCUGCAUUUGCCGGCUCCUCUUGGCAGCAGGUGAUGGCGAUGCUGAGACUCGCGACAGGACUCGACCUGCGGCCAGAUGUGAUCACUUUGGGUUCAGCUUUGAACUCGCUUUCCGAGAGCUGGACAAUGUGCCUACGCUUCCUCCUGCGCAUGAGAAGUUCCGCCUCCCGACCCAACAAUGUAUGCCUCACAUCUGCGAUGGGCUCCUGUGAAAACUGGCAGCGUGCGCUGGCGAUAAGUUCCCGCCACAGAGAUGGACUGGACGACGUUGGCUUAAGUUCUUUAAUUCUGGCGUGCCAAGCCGCGUGGCAGACGGGGGUUCAACUUCUGGUGGAUGCAGGCAAGUGUCCGCGAAACAAGCAUUGGGACGAGGGCGCGCCUUUGGGGGGAUGCUUGCAGGCUUGCUCCCGGCAAAGGCAGUGGGAGACUUCGCAGCAGUUGCUGUCAGUCAUGCAGCACUUCUCGCUGCGCAAGGAUCUCUCUGCCUACGCUGCUGCUUUGCCGGUCGCCCUCACGUCCGUCUGGUCUGCAGUCGUGCAGGCUGUGCAAGAUGCCAGAAGCUCCUUUGCCUGCAGCGCAGAAAGAUUUUCUUCAUGGUGGUCUGCGUUUUAA